AUGGGGAUUCAGGAUGUGCCUGUGGAGGAAUUAGAGAAAUUAAAGGCUGGUGAACCCAGCAAGGUAGAACAUGCUUCGCAUAUGGAAUAUCACAGUCUCGAUGCAGUGAAAUCCAACGGUGAAUUGAUAUCUCGACUGGAGCAACACGCCUCGGCAGACGCGGCGCCGGGAGAGAAGCCCAUCGUCCACGCUCAGGCGAAACUGGACGUGCCUUCCGAGGGCGUCCACCGCACGAUGGUUCAAGAGGGCUCGCAUGUCAGUGUGGUUGACGCGACAACGCCUGCUGGCGAGGAGGUCACUACUAAGGUGUUCCAUGGAGCGGCUCGCCUGGUGCAGCCGGGCACGGCCACCAACCAGAAGGACGGCCACACUGCCAUCCGGCGCGCCUUCAACGCCGACAUCACCAAGGAAACUAAGAACAAUAUUGAUCAUUACGCUUCGUACGCCGGCGUUCAGUACUCUCCUCUGGACAUGGCGGAGUACGUGUUCUGGACUGGAGACGAGCGCGGAGUGACUGCAGCAAUAGAAGAGUUCCUGCAGGAAGGAAUGAUGUCCAAGGAAGAAGCCAUCGCUUUUCUCCAGGAGAUUAAGUUCAACAUCGACUACCUACGAGCACACUACUCGCAGAACGUUAGAGCAGAGGAAACGGCGCAGCAGGAGAAGCUUAGGAGUCUGCUGAUGGAGCAAGCUAACAAGGACUACCAAUACCGGCCAAUGUCCCUCCAGUCGUUCCCGUUCGCGAACAGCCCGGACAUCGUUCGUUCUAUCGCGUCCAAGAACUGGGAGCUCAGCAACAACCUAUCGCCCAUGGCGCUGCCUGCUGAACUCAGGCCCGACCCCGUCAAGCGAUUCGAUCCUAUGCUGCAGACUAAUAUCAUUGGCACGUCUGACUACGACCGCGACGGACCAGUCAUCACCGAGGAGGAAUACGAGGAGAUGAUGGACAAACUGAAAGCCGCGGACACCCUGUAUACCGAGUACACGCUUGAGGAGAUCAUCUACCAGCUCGCUAAGAUGAUGUUCUCUCAAUCGCUGUCCCGUGACCCAGCGACAGCACGCGCCGCCACGCAACGCUUCAUGGCGUUCUUGGAGCGAGAGGCCGAGCGCGGACAACUCUCGAGGACCAUCGAGAAGAAAGUGCUCGACGUGAUGAUCGCCGCGCUGACUGACACCAUUGGGGACCAUCCCGAGCUGAUGCAGGCGCGGGACAACAUCGGCAUCAACCCCGCUAACCGACUGAUGCGGCAGUUCCUGGAGGCGAGCUCCGCGGAGCCGAGCAUGUCGCGCGCCAUCCUGGCCGCCUACAAGGACGAGCUGCUCAAGGGCGUUCCGCACAAGAUGGGCUUCCCCGCCAACUAAACCACCCACCAAACCCAUGCUGACGACUCUACACUUCACUUUUUAUUUUAUUU